ACUACUCAUUUUAUUGGAUCCACCAGCACAACGGGGCAGUUCGGAGGCCGGAAACGGUCGUCUAGCCCAUCUUCAUCUAUGGAGGUCGUGGGCGACCGCUUCCCCGCUCUCCACUCGCCCGCAAUCUCCGUUAAUUCUAGUGGCUGGAACUCAGACGCAGUUCGGAUUACCGAGGUGAAGUCAUGGCUGUCAUCUCAGUUUGAAGCAGCCGGGAGAGAAGUGCCGGAGUUCGAGUAUACCCCCCGAAGUGUCUCCCAGCUUCAUGCCCUCGCAACUCUCUCCCAGUCCCGAUCACGUGCUGCCUCUAUCGUCGCCGCUGAUCUCCGCCUCAAAGCUGCGGAGUACCGCGCUCAGGCCGCACGGAUUCGCGAGGUCCUCGAUAGCGCCGGCCUCUCCCAGGAGCGCCUCACUCCUGACGCGGUCUCCUCUGUCCAGGUUGUUGCCAGCGUCGCCAAUUUGCUGAACAUUCGCGAUACUGAGUCUAGUAGUUUUAUUGUUUCCAUGGGGGAUUUGUCCUUGAGGAAGGCGGAGGUGGAUGAGAAGAGGGCAAAGGUGCAGAAGGAUUCCAAGGCUCUUCUGGAGUACACUCGCAAGGCUAUUGCGAGGCUCAAUGAUCUCAAGAAGACCUUUAUAAAGUUUGAUAAUGAAAUUGACGUUCAUGAGGCUCAAGCUGAACAUUGGCAGAGGAACAUGGCUAUCAUGGAUUCAAAAGAAAGACAGUACAUACUUCAACUCAAUAAUUACAAGGCUUUGUUAAGUCGUGUGGGUUACACUUCAGAAAUCAAUCAUGGCGUGCUUAUGGAAAUGGCUGAGCAUAAGAAGGACUUGGAGAAGAUGACCAAGCCGAUUUUGGAUACAUUAAGGAGCUAUCAAGACUUACCUCCUGAUAAAGCUCUUGCUGCUUUGGCUAUUGAAGAUAAGAAAAGGCAAUAUGCAGCUGCUGAAAAGUAUCUUGAAGAAGUCCUACAUUCUGCUCUAACUGUUCCAGAACUCUGAAGUUGUUUUUUUUUGACACUACGGGGAAGAUUGUGUGGAGGUUUGGAAUAUUUUCAAACUUUGCAUGCUUGAAGCAUUUAUGGCUUUAGUUUGUUCGAGAUUUGGUUUGAUGUUCUUGAGAUUUGGGAAACAGUGAAUUUUAAAACUUGCAUGCCCGGCUAUGUUGUAGUAGCGCAUCCUAAUUAAUUUUCCCAUAUAAUCCAUGUUUUCGUGUCUAAUGACCUGAAAGUGCUCAUUGCAUUGCCUCCGGAGAUUUUAUUUUCG